AUGUUUUGGAAGUAUGGUACACCACCCCAGUACCACCGAGCCUCGUACGGUACACCACCCCAGUACCACCGAGCCUCGUACGGUACACCACCCCAGUUCCACCGAGCCUCGUACGGUACACCACCCCAGUACGACCAAGCCUCGUACCGUACACCACCCCAGUACUACCGAGCCUCGUACGGUACACCACCCCAGUACCACCGAGCCUCGUACGGUACACCACCCCAGUACCACCGAGCCUCGUACGGUACACCACCCCAGUACCACCGAGCCUCGUACGGUACACCACCCCAGUACCACCGAGCCUUGUACGGUACACCACCCCAGUACCACCGAGCCUCGUACGGUACACCACCCCAGUACCACCGAGCCUCGUACGGUACACCACCCCAGUACCACCGAGCCUCGUACGGUACACCACCCCAGUUCCACCGAGCCUCAUACCGUACACCACCCCAGUACCAUGGAGCCUCGUACGGUACACCACCCCAGUUCCACCGAGCCUCAUACCGUACACCACCCCAGUACCAUUGA